AUGGGAUAUAUUGCAUGCCAGAAGGGUGGAUAUCGUUAUUAUGUCUUCACACGCAAAGAUUUAUACAAUCAUAUUGACUGUUAUCAUAGAUCAAAAGUUAAAAAUGGAGAUGCAAAUGCCGCAAUCAACUAUUCGAUUGGCAAGUCAAAUAACGAUCUUUUGUUCUUUGGAAAAUAUACAUUCACUAGUGAUCACAAGCUCGAGCAUAUAUUUUGGGCAGAUGGCCAAUCAAUUGUCGACUAUCAAUGCUUUGGAGAUAUUGUUGCUUUUGAUUCUACGUACAAGAAAAAUAAACACAAGUCGUUGGUCAUAUUUUUUGGAUGCAAUCAUCAUGGGCAGACUAUUAUCACUACAAGAAAAUAG